AUCAUAAGCGGUCAAUACUUUACAAUAUGUGGACUCAGUACAGAUACAGCACUUUACCCCUCAGUCUAGAGUCCCCUCCAUCCAGCACUGCAAAAUCAGCUGAAUCUGACACAUGGCUGAUGAGGGUUUGUCACUCAGGGAUCGCCUGCCUUUGUUUCCUGAUCGUGAUUAUCACCUUGCCUAUUUCCAUCUGGUUUUCCAUAAAGGUUGUGCCUGAAUAUGAGCGAAUGGUGAUAUUUCGUAUCGGACGGGUAAAACCACCCAAAGGUCCAGGCUUGGUUCUGAUUGUCCCGCUUAUCGACCAAUUUCAGAGAGUAGACAUGAGAGCCAGAACAUUCAGUAUACAGCCCUCUAAGGUGAAAUCUCGAGAUGAUGUGCUGGUGUCACUGAGAGCAGAUGUACACUUCAGGGUAUGUGACCCUGUUCUGUCAGUCAUGUCUGUCCAGGAUCUGAACUUUGUCAUUCAGCACACAUCAGAGAAACUGCUGGCACAGAGCCUGGGGCGCAAAUAUUUCAGGGAGAUCUAUGGAGACCGCGUCCGAAUUGCAGAACAUCUGAAGGAAGAUAUUAAUGAACAGGUAAAGGUAUAUGGGGUGUUUAUUGACCACACAGAGCUGCAGCUGGAAGCUGUCCUACUAUCCCAUGAAGAACAUGUGAAUGUUCCCAUCACCCCACCUGCUUUUGGCUCCCAUGGUGGAUUGGAGCAAAUGGUUGCACAGCUUGUGUCACUAGCCAAGCAAACUGUAACAACAGGCUCAUUGCCAUCUCCAGUUGCUGAUUUCACAUUACAGCAAAUGGAUUUCCAGCUGAAAGGGAUCCUUUCAGAAUCACUGGUCUCUGAAGUGGGUGCCUGCUAUCAGCUGUAUGUAACUGUGCAUAGUGGCGAGAACAUUUCCUAUUUUAUUGACCUCACAUCAGGGUCUGGCAGUUUUGGUGGGGGGGUUUUUCCUGGAACCCCUGAUGUCACUCUAGAGAUGACAGAAGCUGAUCUCAUGUGUCUCAUUAAAGGAGAUUUGAGUCCUUUGACUGCAUAUACAACAGGCCGCUUACGUGUUGUAGGAGAUCUGAGGACUGCUUUACAGCUGGAGAAGGUUUUACAGAGGAUAGCAGAGAGAUAACAUGAAUGUUUUACUAUUUAUGUUUACUUAGUUUGCUAUUUUAUUCUUGAACUUUAUUAAACAUAGAAUAUUAUUAUU